AUGCCACACAACUACUUCGGCCCAAUCUUCGCACCCGACCCGAACGUCGCGCUUCCGCUGACACCCUCGCAUGGUGCGCUCAUGGUCUCGUUGCGUCGGACUUUCCGGGUUUACCGAGAUCUCUCGUCAGGCGCAAUUCUAGCCGAUCAACUGGUGCUGCUGAGAAUGCUCCAGGAUCUGUAUACGCGUCCUCUGCCAAUACGCUCGAAUGACAACCUCGAAGAAAGCCCAACUGGGGUCGGAAUUGAAGUCGAUGUCACGCACGAAGAGGCCAACACGAGCGUUGCGCACGAGAAGACACGGCAGCUAAACCCCUUCGCCCUUACGAUGUCAGGACGCCAUGAGGCUCUCUUCGACAGCUCCGCUCCAAUUGGCCACGCGCACCAAAAACCAGCCACGGACACAUUCGCAAAGCAUACACAAGGCAGCGGCAUCGGCAUCAACUCCUCCCAAAGCGCCAGCGCUCCCCACUUACCCGCGGUCCAGCCAUCGCGAAAAUGA